CGUUAAUUGUAGUACUUAAUUAAUGUACUAUAUUAAUUAAUUAAUUUAUUCAAAGCCCCAAAAGAAAAUUAUAUUUUUACAGCUUGGAACCAUCUUAUACCAUUUUAUUUGAGUCUGUAGUGUUAACACAGUUGUGAUAACGGUAGAUUUUAAUAUCAGGAACUCUGAUAUCGACUGAUAUGAAAAUUCAAAAUAUUCCAUCCACGUGCCCUCGUAAAAAAUUAUUGUAUUUUUACGAAUCGUUUAUUAUCUAUAAGUUUUGGUGCCUGUGAAGAGUACUUACAUUAUUAUGGAGGACAACUCCAAACCAUCGGAUUUUACAUUGAUUGACACUCAUGGUUUUAAGAAUAAUAAAAAGGUAUGUGAUUUUAGAAACCAUUUAGUAAAUGAUUUGUAUUAUUGCAUUCAAUUUAUUUAUUAUAUAUAAUAUAUUGUGUGAUACUUCUGUGGAAAUUAGGUAAAACGAGUUCUGCCAGAAUGGCUAGCUAAGCCCACUAUUGUAUCAGUUGAUUUAAAUAAAUUGGAUGUGCCCAUUGAGGGCAUACAAGAGUUGGAUCCUGCUUUAAUUAAAAAAUUGCGAAAUAAAGGCUAUACUCAUUUUUUUCCUGGUAAUAAAUUUAACAUCUCUUUUAUUUCAAUAGCCUUAAAUUUUUGUUUUAUUACAGUUCAAACUCAACUAAUACCGUGGUUAAUAAAUGUCCAACAAUUUUGGUAUGACAGGUGGCUUAGGGAUGUGUGUAUUUCGGCACCAACCGGUAGUGGAAAAACUCUAUCAUAUGUUCUUCCUAUAAUACAGGUUUGACUAAAUUAUUUAAAUCUGUACUCUUUGUUUAAAUUAUUGUUUUAAUAUUUAUUCAAAUCUUUUUGUAGACAUUACAAGAACAUACUACACGUCAGCUUCGUGCUCUCAUAGUAUUGCCAACCAAAGAUUUGGCUGUACAAGUAUUCAAAGUAUUUUCGUAUUUUAUUAAAAAUACCUUUGAUUUAAAAGUUGUUCUUCUGGAAUCAACAAAAUUAACAUUAAUAAAGGAAAAAGAAAAGAUUCUGCGAUAUGGUAAUUAUUACACGGGCAAUUUAUAAUAUUAUCUAAAAUAUUCUAGAUAUAUUUAUAUUUAAUACUUGAUGACAGAUAAAAAACGUGGAUGGAUAAGCCUCGUAGACAUAAUCGUGACUACUCCUGGACGUUUGGCUGAUCAUAUAUAUUAUACCGAAGGAUUUUCUCUUAAAUGUCUUAGAUUUCUUGUUUUAGAUGAAGCUGAUAGUUUUACAAAUAUAUUACAAAAUGAUUGGCUAUAUCUGGUUAACGAUAGUUUAGGUAAACUAAACCAUAUUAAAUUAUUAUCCAUAUUUUUAUUUUUAUUUAUUACAUCUAUCAUUUUUAUUUAGCUUAUAGUGGACCUACAAUUUGCAAUUUAAAUGUACUAGAAAAAUUUCCUCAAAGAACACAAAGAUUGUUAUUUUCAGCCACACUCACACAAGACCCUGAAAAGUUAAAAUUUCUUAAACUUUUUGAACCUAAAUUAUUCACAUCGAUUAUAAAAAGGAAAAAUACUGAAUUAUCUGCUGGUAAUAUAAACUUUAAAAUUAUAAAAUAAUGUAUACAAUACACAUUAAAUAUUGUGUUUACUUUAGUUACUGCCACCGAUGAACCAGUACGCGGUGAUUUUGUUGGGAAAUACACAACACCCAAAGAACUCAAAGAAUACAUGGUAUUAUGUCCUGAGGAAAAUAAACCUCUUACAUUAUAUCACUUGAUAAGAAGUAAAAGUCUUAAAAGAGUGAUCUGCUUUGUUAAAUCAAAACUAGAAGUGCACCGUUUAGCCAGACUUUUGUGUAAACUUAGUGAAUUGGAUACAAAUAAUUCACCACUAAGAGUAAAUGAAAUUUCUUCGGACGUAUCUCAAAAAGUUCAUUCAAAAUAUAUUAAACAGUUUUCUGCUGGUAAAAUUGAUGUGUAUGUUUUCAUAGCUAUCUGAUUUUAAUUAUUGUUUGCCAAUAAUUACAUUUAUUUUACAAUUUACACAGGUUAAUUUGUACAGACUCAUUAGCACGAGGUAUAGAUAUUGACCAAAUAUCUUGUGUAAUAUUAUACAAUGUACCGAAGUAUCCAAAAAAUUAUAUUCACAGAAUAGGUAGAACAGCCCGUGCUGGCCAUAAAGGAAAAGCCAUUACAUUUGUCAUUCCAGAACAUGUAAACUAUAUUUGAUAUUUUUCAUACUUAUAUUUAUGUAUAGACAUUUUUUUUAUUUUAUCGCAGGAACAAUUAUUCCAUAAAGUUUUAUACUCUGCGGGUAAAACUAGUGUGAAAAAUAUAAUUGUGGAUGUUUCGAAUUUAGAGCAAUAUGAACAAAUGUAUAUUGAUGCAUUAAAAUCUUUAAAAACUGAAUUAACCGUAAGUCAAAUUUGCUUUAAAUAUUGUAACUUUAUGUUAAAUAAUUUUAUUUUACUAUUUCAAUUAGGUGAAAUCUAAAGUAAUCAAUAAAAAAGUGCGGAAAAAAAAUAAACCAGACAGUAAAAUGUAAAUUUUAUGGCAAU